AUGUCGGACCAACAACCGGACGACAAUGUGGGUCUUCCAGCGGAUGCCACUCUGAAAUCAAGCAAUGGGUUUGUGUGGGGUCUCAAGACGGGAGGUGCUUCCAUUCCCAUAUCGCCCCAAACAGCUUCUUCUUCGACCGGACGCAACUGUUUGCUGGUGGGUCGCCAAGCCAAGACCGUGGAUAUUCGAGUGGAUCAUGGCAGCAUUAGUCGCAAACAUGCGGCUCUCUACUAUUCUGCUGCUGCUAGUAGUGGCGAUGAUGAUUGUUGUAUCCUGCAAGACUUGGGAUCGAAAAAGGGAACGUCGGUCAAUGGGACUCUCAUGGAAAAGAAACAACGACUGGUGUUGAACGAAGGCGAUCAAAUUGUCUUUGGACAUGCCAGAGAACGAGUCUUUACGGUGGUCAAACAAGUCAAGAAAGAUGAAGACGAGAAAGAAAAAGAAGAAACAACUACUGCAACCAACGACAACACUACUACUAAUAAUGUUACUACAGAAGGCCAAACACGAAUUGAACAAAUUCUGCAAGACUACGAGCUGCCCAUUCGAGAACGCAUGACACUGGUGGCACAAUCGGAACGUCGUCAUCGCGUGACCUGCUUGGCGGUGGAUCAUGCUGGUAACCGACUCGUCGUGGGAACUACCGAUGGUAUAUUGCGAAUGUAUGACUUUGCCGGAAUGCGAUCCCAUAAACUGGAACCCUUCAAAAUGAUUGCCGUCGAGGAGGGACAGGGCAUUUCGGAUCUUUGCUUUAGCAAUACGGGUGAUCGAAUCUUGGCAUCUACCACGGGGUCACAACCAUAUGUACUCGAUCGGGAUGGUGGGGAAAUUAUCAAAUUUGUUCGAGGCGACCCCUACGUGAUUCAAAAAGACACCACCGUGGGACAUACGGCCGAAGUCACGGGGGUGCAAUGGCAUCCGUUUGAUCGCGACACUGUCUUGACCAGUUCGAUCGAUGGCAGUAUUCGAUUGUGGAAUCUCAAUGGCAAGACACAAUUCAAAAUGCUCAUGUCCGACACGGUUUUUCAACCCAAAUCCAGCAAGGGACAACGAACCACCGUGGCAUGUUUGACCAUUUCCCCACAUGGACGAGAAUUCGCCGUGGGCACGUCGUGUGGGUCUAUUCAAAUUUGGAGUUGCAAGGCAGGCAGCAGUCGACCGGCCAAAGCCGUGUAUGGGGCACACAAAAGUGUGGAUGCCCUCGUCUACAGCCCGAAUGGACAAUUGCUGGCCAGUCGGAGUGUCCAAGACUCGCGCUGUCUAGUAUGGAACGCCAACAAACUCAGCAAGUCGUCAUGUCCAGUGGCCAUUUGUCAAGAUGCACCGACGUUGUUUGCGGGACACUGUCGUCCUUCGUUUAGUCCCAACAACAAAAUUCUCUGUGUCGGAGUAUCCUUUCAACGAAAAGGAGAAGGAGACAAGAAGGAAUCUGAAAUUGGCAGCAUCAAGUUCUUUCAGCUACCCUCCUCUAAGCAGCAAGCCGACAAUACUAAUAAUAACACGGCACUCGAUGCUGUUUUGGAACUACCCGUUUCCAACACGGCGGCUGUGACGGACAUUUUGUGGCCCGCCAAGACCAAUCAACUUUAUUUGGGUACCAGCGAUGGUCAGGUGGAAGUGCUCUAUGACACCGUUCUCUCGGAACGAGGAGGUGCCCUCUUGGCACAUGGCAAGGGGGGACGGCCACAAAAUGAAAAACUCGCCGAAUUGUUUCAAAGUCGAGCUCCCACCGGGUCGGCUGCGUUGGUGGCCAAUCAUGCCAUUAUUGCACCCAAUGCCACACGGCACAAGCGGAAACGACGAGAUGAAGAGGAUCCUUCCGAAACGCUCAAACCACAAGCACCCGGAGCCAAGUUUCGAAUGGGACGAUUGAAUAAUAUGUAA